CUUUUCUUUUUCUUUGGUUCUACCACGUACGGUUUCACUUGGGCACCCGUCGAAACGAUUCGUAUCAAGCCCAAGUCUCGUCUGCGAAUCGAAGAAUGAACGAGUUCUAUGUGCAACUGUCAAUGUACGCGGUAGAGUGUGUGUAUACUCUAUUGUCCCUCGGCGACGAUGAUCAGAUUCGGACUGCCGGUAGGGUUGGGUUGCCUCGUGCUAAAGUAACGUCGAGUCAAACCUUACUUUUUAGGGCCCCGAAAGUAGUAAACGCAAAGCCACCUAAAGCGACCGCAUCGUAG